UCCACACAGUGGGAGCAAAGAUGAGGGUACUUGUGGUGUUUGUUUUGGGCGUCAGUCUGGCUGGAGGAGAACUUGUGUCUAAAUGUGAUCUAAGGGACCCACUGAUGGCGAUGAUGGGUUCCUUAAUUGGCGAGAGAGGAAAGCAGGAAAUACCGUCUUUGGAGGACAAAGUGGCGAAGAUUGUCUGCUACGUAGAGUUCGCCUCAGGUUUUAACACCGCUGCAGUGAAUCAGCUGGAUCUCCAGAGCAGUGAACCGAAAGAGGUCUGGAAGCUUUACGGUCUUUUCCAGCUCAGCAAUCACCUGGUCUGCAGCGAGGACGACGACAAAGACUUGUCUAAGAACAUCUGUGAAAUGAACUGCAACAAGCUGGUCGAUGACAAUAUUACUGACGACAUCGAGUGCCUGUCAACGGUUCUCAAAGCAUUUCUCAAAGACGGUUGGAAUAACAAGGAACAGUUAGAGAUGAUCAAGAACAUCUUCCAGGAGCGGUGUGGGGAUAAAACCUCCCUGGACUACUUCUCCGACUGCUCAUAACCUGAAUUCAUUUUAAUAUCUCUGCAAAGUUUAACAUUCUCUCUCAAUAAAUACAGUGAAGCAUGGUG